GGCUGCCCCAAAUCCUGCCCCGGCUAAAACCCUAGCACGGUAACACCAGAGCCGCACGCCUUCUAGAACCUUCCGCCCCUCCUUCCCGGAACCCAAAACCCUAGCGCCAUGCGCCGCCCGAAGCGCCGCGGCGCGGGGAAGCAGACCCGCCUCAGGGAGGAGGACGAGAUCGCCCUCCUCGACGAAUGGAUCGAAGCCGGCAAACCCCGACCGGGCACCAAGCCCCCGCCGCCCUCGAAAUCCGCCGGAGCGGGUCCGGCGCCUCCGGCAGCCGGGGAGUACCCGGAGUACGGCGCGUGCACGCGGUUCGACGAGCUGCCGCUGUCGCAGAAGACCAAGGACGCGCUGCGGAAGAAGAAAUUCAUGGAGAUGAGCGAGAUCCAGCGCGCCGCCUUGCCCCACGCUCUCUGCGGCCGCGACGUCCUCGGCGCGGCCAAGACCGGCUCCGGCAAGACCCUGGCCUUCGUCAUCCCGGUUAUAGAGAAGCUGUACAGAGAGAGAUGGGGUCCAGAGGAUGGUGUGGGCUGCAUUAUUCUUUCCCCCACGAACGAUUUGGCUCAGCAAAUUUUUGAAGUGAUCAAGGAUGUCGAGGAGUUCCAUAACUUUAGUGCUGGUGCUAUUGUUGGUAAGCGCAAGGGUAUUGAGCUAGAGAAGGAACACAUCAACAGCUUGAAUAUCUUGGUGUGCACACCUGGGCGAUUAGUCCAGCACUUCAAUGAAACUCCCAAUUUCGAUUGUUCACAGCUCCAGAUGUUGGUGCUUGACGAGGCAGAUCAAAUUCUUGAUCAUGGUUUCAAAAGUCAGGUUGAUGCUAUCAUUUCUCAGAUUCCCAGAGUUAGACAAACUUUACUGUUUUCCGCUACACAAACGAAGUCAGUUAAAGACCUUGCAAGGGUUAGCCUAAAGAAUCCAGAAUAUAUAAGUGUGCAUGAUGAAGCUAAAACAGCCACCCCAGAUACUCUGGAGCAGUAUGCCAUGAUUGUUCCUCUUGAACAGAAGCUAAAUAUGCUCUGGAGCUUCAUUAAAAGGCAUCUAAAUUCUAAGACAAUAGUCUUCUUAUCUAGUGUCAAGCAGGUUAAAUUUGUUUUUGAAAUUUUUAAGAAACUACGCCCUGGUAUUCCUUUGAAAUGUAUCCAUGGAAGGAUGACACAUGUAGUACAGCAGGCCAUAGUUGCAGAUUUCAAUGAAUCCACUUCAGUUCUGUUCUCAACUGAUUUAACCUCUAGAGGACUGGAUAUAAAUAAUGUGGAUUGGGUGGUACAGGUUGAUUGCCCAGAAAGCAUUGAUAUUUACAUCCAUAGAGUUGGCCGUACAGCUCGUUACAAUAAGAAAGGAAAAUCGCUUAUGUUCCUUUGUCCUGAGGAAGAAGCAAUGCUUGAAAAAUUGAAGGCUACUGAAAGCAAAAUACCUAUACACAUACGGAAGCCAAAGGCAGAACAACUGGAGCAGAUAUCUCAGAAUAUAGCCUCGGUGCUGGUUAAAUUUCCCAAUCUGCAGCAAUUGGGUAAAAGGGCAUUUGUUACAUAUCUUAAGUCAGUGUAUCUCCAGAAAGACAAAAAGGUGUUCGACCUGAGCAGGUUCUCUGCAGAGAAGUUUGCUGCGUAUGCUGCUUCACUUGGUCUGCCUGUUACACCCACCAUCCGCUUCAUAAGCCACAAGAAGAAUGUGUCAAAGAAGGAUAUGGAAGAUAUUGAUAAGAAACAGAUCAAAUCCAGCUCCAAACCUGAAGUUAUCAUCAAUCCACAGGUCAACAGUGAUUUGACUAUGGAUGAUGGAGAUGACGACAUCCUUUAUCCCAAGAAGCCCAUUGCAGAUGCUAAUAUGGAUGAUGGACUUGAUGAUGUCCUUCGCCCCAAGGAGCCCACCACAGAUACGGAUACAAAACCAGAGAAAGUUACCGAACUUGGAAAGCCCUUAAAAAAGAAGAAACUGAAGAUAAAUGUGCACAGGCCAGUGGGAACAAGGGUCAAGUAUGAUGAUGAGGGCAACAUCAUCCCACCUCUCGCAUCUUUAGCUGAAGAAGUGGCUUUAGAACCUGUGGUUCACAAGGAUAAAAUUUCCCAGCGGUACGCAGAGAUGUUGAGAGAAAUGCGGGAGCACGACAAGGAGGACAAGCUCGAACAUAAGAAGAGCUUGCGGGAGAAGAAGCUGCAGAAGAAGAUGAAGCUGAAGCGCAAGAGGCAGGAGGAGACAGAAGUCGGGUCUGAGGAGGACAGCGGCUCAGAGUCAGACAGAGGCAGAGACGUAGCUAGCAAGGGCAAAAAGAGGUACUUCAAGGACGACGAUGAAGAUGAUAACACUGUGAAGGAUGGUGACGUUCUAGCUCAGCAGGAGGCCUUGGCGCUGAAGCUCCUGAGUAAAAUGCACAGUUAAAUUGGAAACUGAUGGCGUGUGUUGCCAUAGUGGUGGUUGCCUAGCUUAGUGAGCUCCACCCCGGAGGGUGAAAUUUUGACCGUGUCGUGGCUUUAUUUUCUGUUUUCUGGGAACUAUCCCACAUAUCUAGCACAUCCAGGGAUUAAGAGAAAACAGUGGUAACCUGCCUUGUCGGCCCAAAAUUGUAAAAGAAAUAUGGACCUAAGAAGUUGAGGCUUUUUUUUCUGAAUUGAAAACGAUGGGAAAAUGACUACCAUUGCAAUCUAAUGAAUGUGUUUUACGCAA